AUGAGAAUUAAGAAGAAGGGUACAUCCGGUAACGCAAAGAACUUCAUCACAAGAACACAAGCUGUCAAGAAGUUGCAAGUUUCUUUAGCCGAUUUCCGUCGUCUUUGUAUUUUCAAAGGUAUUUAUCCAAGAGAACCAAGAAAUAAGAAGAAGGCCAAUAAAGGAUCUACUGCACCAGCUACCUUCUAUUACACUAAAGAUAUCCAAUACUUGUUACAUGAACCAGUGUUAGGAAAAUUCAGAGAGCACAAGACUUUUGCUAAAAAAUUGCAGAGGGCUUUAGGUAGAGGUGAAGUGAGCGAUGCUCAAAAGUUAGAAAGUAACCGUCCAAAGUAUACCUUAGAACAUAUUAUUAAGGAAAGAUAUCCAACUUUCUUAGAUGCUUUAAGAGAUAUUGAUGAUCCAUUAAACAUGUUGUUUUUGUUUGCCAAUAUGCCUGCUACUGAUAAGGUAAGUCACAGAAUUACUAAAGAAGCAGAGAAAUUAACCAACCAAUGGUUAGCAUAUGUAGCUAAGGAAAGAUUGAUCAAGAAGGUAUUUGUUUCAAUCAAGGGUGUUUAUUAUCAAGCCAAUGUCAAGGGGCAAGAAGUUAGAUGGUUAGUUCCAUUCAAAUUCCCAACCAACAUUCCAACAGAUGUUGAUUUCAGAAUCAUGUUGACAUUUUUAGAAUUUUAUUCGACCUUAUUACAUUUCGUCUUAUUCAGAUUAUAUAAUGAAGCUAAUUUGAUUUAUCCACCUACCAUUGACACCGAGAAAUUGAAGGGUAUUGGUGGAUUAUCAUCAUACGUAUUACAAUCUAAGGAUCAAGGUGUUAAAGCAUUAUUGCCAAAUGCUAAGAAAACAACUGACUCUAGCAAUGAAAGUAAAAAUGUGAAAGGUACCAAAUUAUCUAAAGAAGAAAUUUCUAAGGCAGUUGCUGCUGAUAAGUCCUUGAAUGAACAUGUCGAAGAUAAUGCAAGCGAAAAUGUCGAAGAAGUUGAAUUGGAUGAAUUUUCGUCUACUAAUAAGACUGCUGGUGAUUUAUUAUCUCAGCCAUCUAAAUUUGCAUCACCUACCUCAACUUUGUUAUCUAAGUUUAUUUUCUAUGUUGGUCGUGAAGUUCCAUUAGAUAUUUUGGAAUUCUGUAUCUUAUCAUGCGGUGGAUCUAUUAUUUCUGAAAUUGCAUUAGAUGAAUUACAACUUAACCAACCUGAAGAAUUUAAGAAAUUAGAUUUAUCUAAUAUUACGCAUCAAAUUGUUGAUAGACCUAAGGUUGCAUCAAAGGUUGCAGGUAGAACCUAUGUUCAACCUCAAUGGGUUUUCGACUGUAUUAAUAAGAGUGAGUUAUUACCAGUGAGUCAAUAUGCUCCUGGUGAAACCUUACCACCUCAUUUAUCACCAUGGGGAGAUGCUGGUGGUUACAACCCAGAUGCAGAAAUCAAACCUGCUGAAGAAGGUGAAGAAGAUGAAGAGGAAGUUGAAGGCGAUGAAGUUGAAGAAGACGUCGAAGAAGAGGAAGAGGAAGAAGAUGAAGAUCUCCAAGCCCAAAAAGAAUUGGAGUUAGAAGCAGCUGGUGUGAAAUCAGCAGACGCGCAAAAGGAUAAGAAAGAUAAGAAAGCAUCUAAGGGUAAGAAGAGAUCAGCUGAAGACGAAGAAAAGGAAUUAAAGAAAAUUAUGAUGUCUAAUAAACAACGUAAAUUGUACAAGAAGAUGCAAUACGGUAUUGAUAAGAAGGAAGCUAGACAAGAUGAUUUAACUAAAAAGAGAAGAAAGCUUGAGAAGACAAAGGCUGAAUUAGGUAAGUUAAAUAAAAAGAACUAA